AUGUGGUCCGACGCUACAAUUGAUAUCUGGCUCCAGCAGAUACCGACCACAGCACUCGCACAGAGCAGAAAGCGCGCACUCGCCGAGAUGAGCGCGAAUGCCGCCACACCACGCGUAAAGCGCACGAAGACCUCCCAGAGUGGGGACAUCGCUAUCAACGAAGAUGCAGAAGAAGCUUACGAGCUACCGACUCCGAGAGCGCGGCAUCCACUCGCGACAGCACCACCGCUGCGUCCUCCUUCAUCCAAGCCGUCCACGGAGUCGGGCGCGUCCUCUCAAGCCCAGAGCGCAAGCGGGGUCUCGGCUGGCUCGAGAAGAAAGCGAACUCCAAGUCCACCCAAGAUGCUGGCUCUUAGACAGCUCGACGACUAUCCGGUGUACACGCGCGCCCUCCCGCCUUUCAACCAGCUGCCAGAGCUAAUCCGCGAGCUCGCGAUCGACAUGCGCCGAAUCGAAUCCGGGCGAGGUGUCAUAUCGGAGGGCUUUGAAGGGUGGAAGCAGCAACUCGGAAGUGGCAUCGGAGAAGAAGACGAGCGGAUAUUGGACAGAUCUGGAGAGCGCCAGCGACUGGGGCGUGAUAUGUCGCUCGAAGAGGUAGAGUUUCUCCAAGAGCGGGCAAUAUGGAGUCAGGACAACAACGCGGCGGAACCCUCAUGGAAUUGUUUUGUGCAUAGCAGAGCUCUUGAAUGGGCGCAGCGGCUCUCUCCAUAUCGCGCGACCACGUUCUGCGAAGACAUGUACGCUGUCAACUAACGUUUCAAUGGAUUCUGCUAACACGUCGCAGCACCACGGCGGGAGUGUUCUGGGCAGAGAGCGAGGAUACCCAGAGAUCCUCGAAACGAGCGGACUUCUGCCUCGCUCUGAGAAUGGACAGGAGAAUCCAAAAGCUCCUUCGCGACAUCGGCGUUCCGCAGGUCAACCACACCAGCUAUUCUCCGUUAAUGUUCAACCCAAUCGCGGUCAGCAUCGAGACAAAAGCAGCUCGGGGCAAUGAGUCUGAAGCAGUCCUCCAGCUUCAAACAUGGGCGACGGCACAGAUCAUGUUCCUGCGCAGCAUGCUUUCGAAGACUGGACAUGAAGGGACGCCGCUGCCACCUCUGCCGCUAGUCAUCGUUCAGAGUCAUGAAUGGAAAGUCUACUACUUCGUCGAUCGGGGUGACCAAGCUGUGAGUCGUCUCGCUGCAUCCUCCGUCUGCUCUACAACGCUCACAUAUUUGCAGGUCAUCUACCACGACAGCAGUCCGUUUGGCACCACAGAGACCAUCCUCGGCAUUUACAAGCUCCAUGCUGGCCUGCAGCGGCUCAUCAUGUGGUCCGAAGAGCAGUAUCGAACUUGGAUCAUGGACAACGUGAUCAAUCCUCGCCUACAUGCAUCGCAGGCUGGCCCAUCGGAGAUUUGA